GAACUCUGUAAUCCAGUCAGGUCAUGCCUUUUCAAAAUAACUACCCAAAGUUUGGCAACAGGAAUGAAUGUGUCUGUGAGCGCUGAGAGGCAGAAGUAGAUCCACGGUAUUAAUCAGCGGAACGGGUGGAUCAUCAUGAGGAGCUGGUGGGCGCCGCUGAGUGUUUUAAGCACAGCAGGUCUCGGCUCGACUUUCUGGUGGCAGAAAAAAGCUGACCCUGUUCAGACUGAUUUGGAUUCAUGCAAAGAUCCUCCGAGCUCUGAGCAGUCUUCCUCUCAGUACGAGCUCAAGCUGGUGCAGGUUCUGUUCAGACACGGAGCGAGAACACCACUGAAAUCUAUACCGGAUGUUUUAGAGGCGCAGUGGGUUCCUGACCUACUGGAGGUUCCAAAUCAUACCAACAUUGAUUAUGUGGUUACAGAUCUACAGGGGGGCCCUCGACCCAAUGCACUGGUGGAGGAUAAUUACAGAUCCAAAAAACUGUCGGGUGGCACAUAUCCGGGUCAGCUGACCACAGUGGGCAUGCAGCAGCUGUAUGAUCUCGGGGUGAGGCUGAGGAAGAGAUAUAUACAGGAUGUGGCCUUUCUUACACCGUCCUUCAGCAAUAAAGAAGUUUACAUUCGCUCAACCAACAUUAUUCGCACCAUCGAGUCGGCCAAAUGUCUGGUGGCGGGGCUGUAUCAGCAGAAACAGACAGAUGUAGUUUCUAUCCUCACAGAGGAGGCGGAGAGAGAGAUCCUCUACCCGAACUACCAUGGAUGCAAACAGCUCAAGCUGCGCAGUGGUUAUCGCUGGGCAGAGUCGUCCACGUUGCCAGAUAUCGCUUCAGACCUUCAGAGCAUUCAGAGCGCACUGGGGGUCCAGCCUGAGCAGCACCUUGACUUCAUCCUCAUCAGAGACGACAUGGUGGCCAGAGAGACUCAUGGGCUGCCGUGUCCUGCAGUGCUGCACAGCUGGAGGGCCAGAGUAGAGCAGAGGGCUGUGGAUAUGAUCUACCACAUCUAUGAUCCAGCCAACAGGGUGAAUCUACAGCUGUGUGUUGGUCCUCUCCUUCACACAUUCCUCAACAACAUGGAAAUGAAUGUUCAGAAUAACGCCUUGAUUAAAGACCGGAAGCUGUUCCUGUACUCGGCACACGACACCACGCUGAUGCCGUGCCUGAUGGCGCUCGGAGUGUUUGAUAUGAGAUGGCCUCCGUAUGCUGCUGACAUCACUUUAGAGCUGUACCAACACCGCAAAACCAACCAGCACUAUGUUAAAGUUUCUUACGUUGGUCAGGAUCAGAAGAUUCCGGGCUGCAGUGAUGUUUACUGUCCGUUGGAGGAGUUUAAGCAGGCGAUGUCCAAAUACGCUCUGCCUGAGGAGAGCUACCGUACCCUCUGCAACAGCACCCAGGACGUCCCGGAGCGUUCAUCCAGCGCCACCUCCCGCCUCUGAGAACUCUCUCCCAUCCGUCCAGCUAAACCCACACCUGCUCUGCUCUGUUACCUUUCAGUUCAGGACGGCUGUGGUGGAAAACAGGCAGCAUUUAUUAAGAACUUAAUUGAGACGAAGGCCAGAAGGCCUUAAUAUUGUGAGAACUGAGAAUAUUGUGUGUUUAUUUAGACUAAUUUAAGAUACUUUUAUUAUGUUAUAAAUCAAUUAAAACAAUGAAACUAUGAUAUAAAGAUCUCAUCGCAGGCCAGAUCAGGAAAUGAAAACAGAAGUGAUUUUUCUUUAUUGAUAAGGUUUAAUGGUAAUCAGAAAUCUCUCACUCAGGAUUCUGCAAAAAAUUUCAUGUACAUUUGAUUGUCCAUGCAACAGGACUUGUGCUCACAUUUUGCACUUCCCUCCAAAAGGGGGCAUUUUACUGCGUGUGUGUGUGUGUGUGUUUGUGUGUGUGUUUGUGUUAGUGUUUUAAAAGAUUAUUUGGAUAA